GAGUAACAGGUAUAGAUAACGAUCAUGAUCAAUUGGUUCGUCCAGAUCGGUUUCAUUUGCUCCAUUCCCAUUCGAUAUUUCAGUAUCCCUUUUCUUGUUGGACUUCUAUUCUGCAAUUUCUAUUUGGUCUCUGCAAUCUGGGCGUUUGUUUAGACAUGGAAGGAUUAAUGGCAAACUUGUACAUGAAUGAUGAAAUUUCUGUUGUCAAUUCAACAGUCUGCUGUGAUUCUGUGAGGGAUGGAAGUAUUCUUUCUAAAUAUCAUGCUUUUUGCUCAUCAGUGGAUGACAUUUUUACCCGUCUCUUGACAUUGACUUCUUAUAUAAGCCAUCGAUUCAUCCACUUCAUUGAGGAUCUUGUCUAUAAAGAUGCCAAUAGUUGCUUUGAAGAAGUGGCCGUUUCCUCUGGACAUUAUCCGAGAUCUUCAAGUUGCAGCAAUUGUAGAUUUGUCUCUGAUGGUUGUUCGUCUUCUUCGGGUCCUUAUAAUAGCCAUGGACUCCCUGAAAGAAGAGCAUCAGGUCUUAAGAAAAAAUUACCUGCAAAUUCAAGAUAUGAAAUUGUAGAAAAGAAUUACAGAUACCGGGGUGUUUCCUUCAUUUUUAAAGGGUUGAUGCUCCCAUUAUUUGGUCUUAGACUUGCUUGGAGGCUGGGAUUGGCUUCUUGGAGAUUCUCAUUCUGCUAUGUAAGAUAUGCACAAGUCCAAGUUCGUAGUGUUAUAUCCCGAGUGCAGAAAACUUUGAAUGGGUCUUCUAAUGAUAUUGGAUGGCUGCAACAUACUCCAGGAAUGGCUCCCGUGGAGGAUGGUUCAGCUCGAUUUCUGGAUCUGCUACAAGGCAUAAGGAAUGGAGAGCACACACUCCCCAAUUCAUUUGUCUAUCUUCUCAUUCCAGGUCUAUUUAGCAAUCAUGGGCCCUUGUAUUUCGUGAGCACUAAGAGAUUUUUCUCAAAAAUGGGUCUAGCUUGCCAUAUUGCAAAAAUCCACAGCGAGGCAUCUGUGGAGCACAAUGCGUUGGAACUGAAGCAUUACAUCGAGGAGCUAUUUUGGGGAUCUGGCAAACGUGUGAUGCUGCUAGGGCACAGCAAGGGUGGGGUGGAUGCUGCUGCUGCGUUGUCAAUUUAUUGGUGUGACUUGAAAGACAAAGUUGCUGGACUGGCACUGGUGCAGAGCCCAUAUGGUGGCACACCUUUAGCUUCUGAUAUUCUUCGUGAAGGGCAGAUUGCUGACAAGGAAACCCGGAGAAUCAUGGAACUGUUGAUAUGCAGGCUAAUUAAGGGUGAUAUACGAGCAUUGGAAGAUCUCACAUAUGAGAAACGGAAGGAAUUCAUAAUGAAGCACAGGCUCCCCCAGGACAUUCCCAUUAUCUCAUUCCACUCUGAAGCGAGUGUGGCACCAGGUGUCCUUGCCACAAUGUCCCAUAUAGCACAUGCAGAACUUCCCUGGCUCCCCUUUCCCAGAUUUGGUGGUGACGAGUCCGAAGAAGCCGUCCAGGCAGGGCGUAAGGUGCCUGUGGUAAUUCCUGUUUCUGCAGUCAUGGCUGUGUGCGCACUCCACCUGCAAUUAAGGUAUGGUGAGAAGAGUGAUGGACUGGUGACAUGUCGCGAUGCUGAAGUGCCCGGCUCAGUCAUCGUGAGACCGGAUGCAAAACUCGACCAUUCUUGGAUGGUUUACUCCUCAUGGAAGAAGGAUCCCAGUCAACCUGAUGCCUGUGAAAUGUGUGAGGCUUUAUUGACUCUGCUUGUGGAGCUUGGGAAUGUGAAGCAAGAAGAAAGGGACAGGGUGGGGUCAUGGUAACAUUUUCCAAAAAUGUUCUGUUAAAUUCUGUUUUGCAAACCACUAUUGAGAAAAAAAUGAAUUGGCAACUAAUUGUUGCUACAUGUAUUUGUCAUUCCAUGUAUUUGUUGCAUUGGAUUGUCACAGUUUAUAAAAUAUUUUUAUCUAAUGAUUAAAUGGGUAUUUCUCUAUUCAUUCAAAA